AGCAAAAGCAGGCCAGGCGCUAGGCAGGAAGACACUCCACACUUCUUCUAAAACAAUCAUGGCUGCUAAAUUCGAUCUGCCAUUCACUCAACCUUCCAGUAUUGUUGCUUUCCUGUGUACUCUCAUCAUUGUGGUAUUUGUCUCUCCCAUUGGACAAGUUGGGAGGCUUGAUGCUCUCUCUACUGCUGUGAGACUGUUUCAUCUUUUUUCCUUUGCAGCAUGGCUCGGGGUGCAGAUCUGGGUCACCUUCUUUGCAGGAUUCACCAUGUAUCAGUACAUGCCCCGUCACAUGUUUGGGUUCAUUCAGAGCAAGCUGUUUCCAAAGUAUUUUCUACUGGGGACUAUCCUCUCCUCUGUAACUAUCGUCACCUUUCUUAUUGAACACCCCUUCACCGACUGGGACUUCACAGAGAAAAUGCAGGGCUACUCACUUGCGGUCAGUCUACUGAUGGUUAUAGUCAACCUGGUCUAUUUGGAGCCCCAGACAACAAAAUGCACAUUUUCCAAACACAAGUUUGAGAAGGAAAUUAAUGCUGGCAAUGCAAUCGGCAAAUUGGAGAAAGACAAGCAGGAACAGCUAAGAAAGAACCCUCAAUACUCUGCCCUGGAGAGCAAGUUCAUUUGGCUCCAUUCCUACGCCUCUGUGGCUAAUCUGGUUGCAUUGGCAGCUCAAGCUGUUCACCUGUGGUACCUUAGCUGCAAACUGACAUCUAUAUAGCCAUUGCUCUGUUGUACUGUACUAUGAAAUUGUAAUUCUGUUAAUGUAUAAUGAUGAAAAAAUGAAAUGACAGUA